UUGAAUCAGAAAAGCGUUUUGAAGUUGUGAAGGCCUUCAAUUCUGACCCGACCAUUGAUGUUCUUCUGCUUACGACACAUGUUGGUGGGCUUGGUCUGAACCUGACAUCAGCUGACACCCUUGUUUUCAUGGAACAUGACUGGAAUCCAAUGCGGGAUCAUCAGGUGUAUAGAUUUUAAUUUUACCUUUGUUGUCUGUGGCCUGUUCAUUCAUGGUAGCAACUUUUUGUCAUGAAUUCGUUCGUUCUUACUUAUCCUUUGGUGUAGCACAAUCAAGAAAACAAGAUUAUUUCAACCAAAUGUCCUAGUCAACCUCAUUGAAAAUUAGUCAGUUUUGAGUAUUACUAGAAUUUAUUGGCUUUAACUUUCCAUGAGUUAGAGGCCACUGAUGCAAUAUGUAGAAGGACUGUACCACCUUGUCUUUUCAUGCUUGUUAACUAGUAACUUAGUCCCUUGGAAGCUUGGGUUGUUUUUUCAUUCAUCAUAUGACUUGAGUGGUGUUUGAUAAAACUACAAAUUGAGUACUGAAAACUAAAUGUUAAAUUUUAAGUGCCGAAUGUUGAAUUUUUUAAUUCGUAAACUUUUUGGUAUUCACUAAAAUUUAAGUACUUAAUUGA